AUUGACUGAACUCCUAACGUCUCGAACAGAAAUCGAUCAGAAGUUAGGCAGCAUUCAAACUCUGGAACUGUAGAGGGAUGCGGUCUUAAGCCUAUAAUUUAUUUUAUUCACAAUUCAAUAUUGCUAAAUAUAUAUUAUAUUGAAUAUUACUGUUCCCGUAGUAGAGAAUUCUACUUCUUCAAGCUUCCCUGAAUCAUUCCUUGGCCUAUUUGACCGUCGAGGCCUGUUUUUGCUAGUUCUAGUAUAUGCGUAGCGUGUACUAGCCUGUUCGUAAGGUAACGGAUGUCCUUAUAUUUAACAAAAAAAUAAAAAAAAAAAGAAGCGUAAUGUUUCAUGCGAACUUUAGUAACAAACUGUGUGGUAGCGGAGUGCUUUGCCUCCUCACGAUUCAACCUUUGAACUUAUCAAACCGACGUCUGCGAGUCCACCUUGUUAUAGGCUUUUCACUUUGCACGACAUAAGUAUACUGGGUCGCUGCAGCACCUUUUCGACGCUAUUAAGAAAAAACUAAAAUUCGUAUAGGUAAAAUUUCGUUAACCACACGAUAAUGCAAUUACAAUGUGAAAUGGAAGCGAGAAAAGUCCAUUUGAAACCAUUAAAUACGCGAAAAAAAACUUCGCUGUUGAUAAAGUUACGUAUUGACUUUUCAAGGAACUUGAUCAGCUCUUCCGGGCUUCGUUUACAUAUGCUUAGCCCAAAUAGAUGAUCAUCUAAAUGAAAUUAGUUAGCAUGCUUUUCCACAAUAACAAUCCAAUCUUGUUCGAAUUUUGUCGAAAGAGCUUAACUACUAAUCCAAGUAAUUAUCACAGGCAAAAUUCCGUGAUACCAUAUAGAAGGUACAAUUUACCGCUGCUGCCACUACUUCUAUAGAAAUAAAAAAUACUGCUUUAACUUACUUUUUAACAAAGCAAAUUAGCAACUUGAGGCAAUCUCGUUUUUGACGCAAAAUUAAUCCAGGCUUAUAAUCGAAGCAUCAGGACAAUAAUACACAAUGUCCUAGGGCAAGUUGAAUCACCUAAUAUUUUCUUAUUAUGCCGCUAUAGGUCGAUUCAAGUUAUGCCAUGUCUACUUGUAUUCAUGUAUCAAUCAUCAUAGUUGAGGUACAUAACCUUGAAGUAGGUGUUUUAAGCAGAUGGAUGGUUAACUAUAGAAUAGUAAUAAGCCCGAUUAGGAGACCAUGUGUUCAUUCAUUUUAUCAAAAACGACGAAGUAAUCGUGUGUUUCAUCACGAGCAACUUAUAAACUUAUAAACUGUCAAUAUGUUUCGUUGAUUUCUUUCCGUAAUUUUCAGUAAUAUAUAUAUUGAAGCCCUAUAUUGCUGGUCUUACAUAGUCUCGAAAGAAAGAGACUGCCUAUAGGACUCAUCCCAUAUAGGUAUCGUUCAGGAACAGGAAAAAGGAAUGGGGAUGUUUAGCGCCGGAAAAGCAAUCCUUUACCCUAGCGCUUCCGCUCCGUCAGAUCUAGCAGGUUUUUCAAGCAGUGCGAGAUAAAAAAAAUUACGACAAGUAAUCCAGCCAGCUUCCUACUACGCUCACGUCUCGGCUGUGACCCGUCUGAAUAGUUCUUGCAACGUGCUGAAACACCGUUCGGAGCUCUGACUAGUGCUAGUGCUAGUGCUGUCAGCGAGCUUGUUGACUUCGCUACUUCAGUAGCUUAUUAUAUGCAAUCAUCAGGCAUCAUCCUGGUAAUCAUUCAUUCGCUCAGUUACGCUCAAAUACCCGUCAAUUCGCUGCAGUGAAAUGGUCAUUGUGACGGGGGGAAAAGAAAAAUUCAUUGGAUAGGUACCACGAAAGGAGUAACGAAGACGGCCGACGGUAAAAUUACCAUGUUGAUUUUGAUCCUUUCUGUCAAGUAUCUCGUCGAGCGGACUAUUAGACCAUUGCGUUGACCAGUCAGUAAUGUAUUAUAUAAUUAUGGCUAUAUUAUGUAUGUAUGUAUGGUGUCAUUAAUAAUACCUAUGAGCAAACCGAUACUUACUAGUUAGGAUUCAAAGUUGCAUUAAAGAAAAAAAGUUAGGAAAAUAUUAUCUUUCGUUGGACCGAAUACUCAAGUAUAUUAUUCGAGUUAUAGCAGUCUAUUCAAACUUCGUAUGCAGCUAGAAGUGAACGGGUCAGCAUGAGGUUGACACAUCACUCUGAGGUCGUUACAAGGUUCAGAGUGAAGUCAAAUGAUCCGACUGAGCAAUCUUUUUUUUGGACUAUUUAACAUUAACAUUCUGUUACUUUUGCGUUGCUUGUCACUAAUAACGCGUUAACUGAGAGACAAACCUUAGAAUAUCACUGUCAUAUUUAGAAAAUCUAAACGUGCACACAAAUUGUAAAGCAUCUGAUCUUUUGGCAAAUAGUAGGGAUCGCGAGCUGAGAUCAGAGCUGAAACUAAAAGGUAUAGCUAAAAGGUCAAACAGAAUUAUACAGAUAUAUGAGAAAAGUUGAAGGUGAGGUCAAAGAUAAAACCAUAGUACCUAUUGUGAUACAUUGUAACGCUUUAAGAACCCGGACAACGACAAGAGAAAAGAUGGCCCACGCAGGCCACACGGGACGUGAAACGGCCGGCCAGAUGACAGGCGAUGCGUACAACAUUAGCGACACACAUACGUGGAAUAUGAUGCAUAUGGCAUUUUACGCGUCAACAAACAGCACUAUCCUUUUCAGCGACUGGAAGAUUACCAAUGCUAGACAGAUGGUCGGCGCAUGCGUCGGAGUGUUCGUAAUGGCAAUGCUAUUUGAGGCCUUAAGAACUUUUCGGGAGCGUCUGCGAUCAAGAUCCCGCGGGGACAGCAAAACCUCGUUGAUUAGUCAAAGCCGACAAUGGACUUCAGCCCUUAUGGACCCUAGUCAUCUUGUACAGACAAUGCUAUACGGGUUUCAGAUUACGCUCGGCUAUUUGUUGAUGCUGAUCUUCAUGACGUAUAACGUCUAUAUCUGCCUUGCUGUGGUGUCCGGCGCUACAUUGGGCUUCUGGCUAUUUAGUUGGAGAAAAUGCCCGAUGUUUGACAUAACCGUUGAGCACUGUGGAUAGCUCCAAUAAGCUGGGAUUUCAGCUGGCAGUCCGGAAUAACGCAGAUUCAAAGCGACAACAACCACUGAACAGAAAAAUCGAUUAAAUUUCCUAACAAUAUAGCGACGGUAACAGCGUCGUUAGCAGUAAGGAUCUGCUCGACGAGCUUUGAUAUAACCAUUUAGGUCUAAUUCACGAUCGCUUAACUUACGCGUUAAAAGUUAGCUAAAGAUCGGCGCUGUCAGGAAACAAGGCUUGAAGGAGCUCCUACCUUAAAGUGGUCGUUAAGCUCAAUGAUAAAUUUCAACAUUAAUCAUAUGGGUCGCGUAAUUUCACAUAAUAAGAUCGAUGUUUGGCACAUACAUCCAGUUACUGUAUUAGUUGGUCAGCAAAAUGUAACGCCAAUGACACAAGCUGGCAUGAUGAAAGGCGCUUACUAUAUGUAGCCCUUAACGACUACUGUGACAUUAUAUAGAGAAAAUAAUAAAAACAAAAAAAAAUAACACUCCUCAAUAGUUCCAGUCAUUUGUAGCUACCUGUUAAAAACGGAAACAUAUAUAGAGGUACUUUUUUUCUCAACUUGAUUAUGAUGCAAUGCUAUAAGCCACAUUGGAAAAAAUGCCACCGUUUAGAAAAUUGUUUGUCCUAUUACGUUCUGUUGGACGUUCUCUAUAGU